UUUGUUGAAAGGGAGUCAGGAAGAUGGAGUCACAAACCAAAUUUUGAUGCGGACUUUUUACAACAGCUUACACAUCUUUUAAGAAUUCAGCCUCAGAGUGCGAUCUGAAAUAUGAAGAAUUCGAUUUUUUCCUGUCAUCUGUUAUCCCUAUGCCUUCUGUUUUCGGCUUCUAUCAAGUCGCAAGACUUCUCUGACACAGACCAAUGCCGCAUUUUGGAGUUUACGCCUGAAAAAGCAUUUAACGGCAAACGUCUCAUAAACCACGUGAUUCGGAUCGUUGAGGUUAUGAAAAAGGAGUUUUGUAAAAACGUGUGUUUUAUGGAACCCAACUGCGUCAGCAUUAAUCUUGAAAAACGAGUGGAUGGAAAUGGAAACUACAAAUGUGAACUGAAUAACGCUACUCACGAAGGACAUGAAGACGAGUUGAAGAAGGAAGAGAAUUAUUUCUACCAUGCAGCUGAGAGCGCAUGCGUUAAAAACCAUUGCAAGAACAACGCCACCUGUCAAAGCGGUUUUACCGACAAGGGAUUUCGCUGUAUGUGUACUGCUGGAUUCAAAGGUCAAAACUGCGACCAAGAUGUCAAUGAGUGUACCGAGGGAUCACAUGGCUGCAGUGCUGAUGCUGUGUGCAUCAAUACCGAUGGAUCCUAUAACUGCUCGUGUAAACCUGGAUACUCUGGAGAUGGACGAACAUGCAAAGGGCUGGUUUUUCAUUCUUGUAAAGAGAUUUUAGAAAAUCAAGGGUCACAAGAAAAUAAAACUUACCCAAUUCUAGUGAAUAAUAAGAAGAUCUAUGUUUACUGUCACAUGACUGAUGACCUUGAGGGUUGCAAAGGUGGAGGAUGGACGCUGGUCAUGAAAAUCGACGGCAAAAAGCCAACCUUCCACUAUGAUUCCCAACGUUGGAGUAACAUGGAUGACUUCAAUCCUCAAGGAGGGGAGAAUGGGUUUGAUUCACAAGAGACCAAGCUACCGACCUACUGGAACACGUCCUUCUCCAAGAUCUGCCUAGGAAUGAAGCUCGGUAAUCUGCUCAGUUUCAUUACCAUCCCGAAGCAAGCCAGCUCUUUGUACUCUGUGAUUGCGGACGGGCAAUAUCGUGACACGUCACUGGGUCGUGACAUGUGGAAGUCGCUGAUUGGCUCUGAGGCCUCCCUACAAGAAAACUGUUACAAGGAGGGGUUCAAUGUUUUGGCUAUACAUAAAAACUAUUCCAAAGCAAGAAUUGGUAUCAUUGCAAACGAUCAAAAUUAUUGCAACACCUGUGAUUCCAGAAUUGGCUUUGGCACAGGUGGGAUUGAUGACGACUCAAACACUUGUGGGAACGAGGCCAAGCACGUACGAGAUAAUGAAGACAAACACAUCAAAACCAUUGGGUACAUCUUGGUUCAGUGACAAGGAAAUCAAUCUAAUCUCCAAGAUAUGGAAAGAAAAAAAACUAGUAAACAGCACCAAAGGAUUUGCAAAUAUGUAUAUGUAGCAUAAGGAGCAUAAAGAAAUUCGACGCCGAGUCUGAAUUGAUUUAGUUUAAGGACGGAGCUAACUAUAGCUAACCAUAGUCUAUACUCCCUAUUCCUAUGGCUGCAGCUGAAUACCUUUACAAGACGAUGAUUUAACCUAUUUUUGACUACUGAGAUGUUGCUCGUUGUUUCAGAACCACCUUAUCUAACUAAUUAUACUUAUUUUAAUGCCUCUUUACACACAGUUUCGACUGCACGUUGUUAUGACAUUCGUUAUCGGAAAGUCAACCUUGUGGUUGCUAAUAGAUCCCUAUAAAGUACUGGUGCGAUGGAAUUUAACGGUCUUCCUUGUCAUAUUAAAACAAAGA